CUGCAUGACCGCUGGGAUUAAUGGGAUAUCAAGGUCUGAGCUGAGUGAGGAAUGUUGGAUCCAUGGCCAAAGGGAGCUAGACGUAUAGCGUGAGGGUAGGGGACCUGAUUUAACAAUUGACAUAGCAUGGUUACUGAGCCACCAAGCCUGCUUGCCCCUGGGUACUUCGUGGUUCAGCAGUCCAGACUUAAACCUCAGAGGGCCCAGGUAGAUCUCUCCUCUCCCCUCCCAACCACCCUCCUUUGAGCCCAGAGGUUGAACUCUUCAACCCCUGACCCUCCUCAAGCUGACUCAGCUCCUGGAACAGAGGGUAGAACUGGCUAGCAGUACAAAGGGCAGCUGGGCACACAAGUGGUAGCCUGUGGGUGGCCAGUGGGACAUCUGUGCCUCUUUAUCCCCCCUCUCUGGGGGCCUGGAGUGGGGUUAGCCAAGAGUGUGCCGCAUCUAUGCCUUCGUGUUGUUUCCCCCCCUCUCACACCGUCAUCUAGUGUUCUGACGGCAUCCUGUCACAGAUGCUGUCACAGCCAACCAUCAUCUCACACUGGUAUUGUAUGUGAACUGUCAUCCCCACUGCUACACAGAUUUGCCCACACGGUGGCACGUAGUCCAGGCAUCCGCUCUGCACCUUACCAGGAACAGAAUUCUGCAGCUCACCAGAGGCAGCCAUGGCCAGCAAGGGUCGCGAAGCAGAGCACCCAUCCGUGACGCUCUUCCGCCAGUACCUGCGCAUCCGCACAGUCCAACCUCAGCCCGACUAUGGGGCAGCUGUGGCCUUCCUUGAGGAGAGAGCCCACCAGCUGGGCCUGGGCUGUCAGAAAGUAGAGGUGGCAUCUGGCCGUGUGGUGACUGUGCUGACCUGGCCAGGCACCAAUCCCAGACUCUCUUCCCUUUUGCUCAACUCCCACACAGAUGUGGUACCUGUCUUCAAGGAACAUUGGAGUCAUGACCCCUUUGAGGCCGUCAAGGAUGCUGAGGGCUACAUCUAUGCCAGGGGUGCCCAGGACAUGAAGUGUGUCAGCAUCCAAUACCUGGAGGCUGUGAGGAGGCUGAAGGCUGAGGGCCACCAUUUCCCCAGAACUAUCCACAUGACUUUUGUGCCAGAUGAGGAGAUUGGGGGUCACCAAGGCAUGGAGCUAUUUGUGCAGCGACCUGAGUUCCAGGCCCUGAGGGCUGGCUUUGCCUUGGAUGAGGGUCUGGCCAACCCCACUGAUGCCUUCACUGUCUUUUACAGCGAGCGGAGCCCCUGGUGGGUGCGGGUUACCAGCACUGGGAAGCCAGGCCAUGGCUCACGCUUCAUCGAGGACACUGCAGCAGAGAAGCUGCACAAGGUCGUGAGCUUGAUCCUGGCAUUCCGAGAGAAGGAGAAGCAGAGGCUGCAGUCAAACCCCCACCUGUCAGAGGGGGCUGUGACCUCCGUGAACCUGACUAAGCUAGAAGGUGGCGUGGCCUAUAAUGUGGUACCUGCCACUAUGAGCGCCAGCUUUGACUUCCGUGUGGCACCAGAUGUGGACUUGAAGGCUUUUGAGGAGCAGCUGCAUAGCUGGUGCCGGGCAGCUGGCGAGGGGGUCACCUUCGAGUUUGCUCAGAAGUGGACGAAGCCCCAAAUGACAUCUACUGAUGACUCAGACCCCUGGUGGGCAGCAUUUAACGGGGUCUGCAAGGACAUGAACCUCACUCUAGAGCCGAAGAUCUUCCCUGCUGCAACGGACAGCCGUUAUAUCCGUGCGAUGGGGGUCCCGGCACUGGGCUUCUCACCCAUGAACCGCACACCUGUGCUGCUGCAUGACCACGACGAGCGGCUGCAUGAGGCUGUGUUCCUCCGUGGGGUGGACAUAUACGCACGGCUGCUGCCUGCCCUGGCCAGCGUUCCAGCCUUGCCCAAUGACAAGUGAGCGCCAUGCUCCCCACCUCUACCCCUGGAGCUUCCACCCUGACCAGUGCCAAUGACCCUUCAUUCCCCGUGUCCAACAAUAAAGUCUAUGUGGACAGGGGAUACCUCUGAAGUACUCAC